UUCGAGAAGAGCGCCGCCGCCCCGACGUCGUUGUAGGGGGAAACCCGUCGCGCACUUUUUUCGCGCUUUCGUAAAGACGCGCGCGCUCGCGCCUCCAACUAGUGUAGUCGGCGUCGUCGCGACGCAGAACGGAAAUGCGCGUACUCCUACUAGCGUUGGGCCUUUUGGCCCUCGGUUCAGACCUCGGUUGCGACGCUCACUUCUUGGGAACAGUGGAGCGAGGUCCAUGCCAGGCCAAGAACCCGCUGGGCCGCGGCUUCCUGGACGGGACGUGCAUGCCGAUGAUCAAGUGCAAGGAGACGCUGCGUGGCAUCAUCCGACUCAACUUCCCGGUCAUCUGCGGCUUCGAACUGCUCAGGCCCAUCGUGUGCUGCCCCAAUAUGGGACGUCCCGCUUCGGGAUCAGGAGGAGGAGGAGCACCAGGGGAUAUUAGAAACCCGCUGGACCCGUUUAACGUGUUAGACGACAUCUUUAAAGGCAUCCCGGGGCUAGGACCGGCAGUGGGAGGCCCACAUGCCGGCGCAAUUGGACCGUUUGGCCCCUAUGGAGUCAACAUCCCAGGCGUCAAUUCGUUUGAGGACUAUACGCGCUUCCUCGGACUCCCACCUCAAGGGCACAACUUUGGAGCGAUACCAGGCCCUUACGUUCCCCUGAUACCGCAUUUGCCACCAGGUGGCAGCUUCGGAAUUCCAUUCAAUCCCCAAGGCAAUCCGCCAGGACGGGAACCACAAGUUCCUCACCAGCCCUUCCCGCCUCAUGGCGGUGGCUCUGGAAUUCCCGUUAGGCCAGAGGACAACUAUCCUCCAGAUGUGGGCCCCCAGCCACCGUACGGGAACUCCCCCGGAACCGGGCCGGUCCCGCCUCGACCGGGAAGCGGAGGCGGCGAACCAGUGAUUCCGUCAAGACCAGCGAUUCCGUCAAGACCAGUUGUUCCGCCAACGCCAGCUGACAAGCCAGGCAAGCGGCCAGCACCUAGCGGUGGCAGCAAUCCUCCAGGGGAGGGGGACGAUGCCGGCGCGCCAUGCGACAAGCCAGAGUGCGAGCCCGGAGACUCCUACAUCCACUUAAUCGACCCGAGGAGAGGGAAAAACUGAACGCCGAACGAGACAGCGCCGGCCGACCUGCAGCCGGACCACGCUGCACGAGCCGCUUCACCACGUUGUUUCUUGAGCAGAGCUUUUUUUUUUUUUCCGCUUCCAUGAAUCAUCCGCAAAGAGGAGGCGUGCACCGUCAAGGCUCGAGUUAUAAGAGCAAAAAUUAAGCGCUUCUUCGCCUCCUCAAAUUACGUAAAAGUAAAAUUAAAGGAGGCGCAGCUUCAAAGCAGAGGAUACACCUCUGCCAACGUUAUAGUAGUAUGCUUUGACGUCGUGCGUGCAAAACAAAAUCGAUCGACUUCGGUGUGUUGAUUCCGGGUUCGGCGUUGCACUUUUCGCUCGGGCGAAAGGCGUUUGGCGACGACACUCUAUUACAGACGGUACACAUUUUGACUAAGACACAAGCGAGUCGAUGACGUGUUCAGCUUGCUGGCCAUCGCCUGCUGAGAAAAUAAAUGUACGGCUUCGGGGUCUUGCAAGUCAGUACGUGUAACACGCGCUUAUCACACCAUCAUUUGCAAGGAUACGAUAUGGUGUUUUCAUUCAAUAAUAGUCUUCCUUCACUUAUUACGUGAGAACCGCUGUGAGACCGUUCUAAUGUUGUCACGCGCGAUACUGAAAGGAACUAGACCUUGACGAAAGUUUUCAUGACAGUGUCGAAACUCAGACACAACAUACUGUGAAAGCACCCUGUCGUUACUGCUGUUGUGUGAUGAAAGAGAAAUAAAGACGUACGCAUGAA